AUGGCAAGCCCACUGCAGCAAUCAUCAAAGAUCUGCCGCCAUAUCUCAUCGCGCGCGUUGCGGGUGUCCGGCAAAAGCCCUCGAUCAUUCCCCUUCGCUGGUGGCAGACAAUCGCGUUCCGUUCAACAACUUUCUAACAGAAGUGACUUAAUCGCGUCAAUAUCGCUGAGCACUAUCAGAAUGGGAGCUGCCAGUCAAAGCACAACCAAACAUCCACAAAGAGGUCACACCUCUUCCGGUCAUUUGAGCACAGACCGGACAUCGUACAGCACCACCGCCAUCUCAAAUGAACCGGUGAUACACGAUGUGUUUGACGAUGUAUCAGGUACAUGGCAAUACAUCGUUGCCGAUCCCACAACAUUAACCGCCGUCAUCAUCGACCCGGUCUUGAACUUCGAUCCGGCCACCCAGGCUAUCACGACAAGAUCUGCCGACUCUCUCCUCGCGCUGGUCAAAGCAAGGAAUUAUAAAAUUGAUAAGAUCCUCGAAACACAUGCCCACGCAGAUCAUCUAAGUGCGGCAUCAUAUCUGCAAACACAUAUUAUGAAGAGCCAGGAUCACAAACCGCCCAUUUGCAUCGGAAAGCGUAUUGAGGCAGUGCAGAAGCUGUUCAGUCAGAGAUACGGCGUUCCAAGCAGGGAAUACAGGCAUGUAUUCGACAAGCUAUUUGACGAUGACGAGACGUUUGCCAUCGGCAAUAUGACAGCAAAAGCUAUCCAUUUGCCAGGCCAUACACCAGAUCAUCUGGGAUAUAUGAUUGGAGAUAACAUAUUCUGUGGCGACUCCCUCUUCCACGCAGAUAUAGGUACUGCACGGUGUGACUUUCCCGGCGGUGAUGCCAAAGACCUCUUCCAAUCAGGUCGCAAGUUACUGGAUCUCCCUGGCCAUUUCAAAAUCUGGACCGGUCAUGACUAUCCUCCAGAAGGUCGGACGGAGCCCGUGCCUUGGCUGAGUGUUCGGGAGCAUAGGGAACUAAACAAGCAUCUCAAAGAUGGUAUGAGCGAGGAGCAUUUCGUGGCUCUGCGCAAAGAGCGUGAUGAGAAGCUUGCGGCUCCAAGGCUGCUUCAUCAAUCUUUACAGAUCAACAUACGGGCUGGGAGACUUCCUGCUCCGACGGAGGCUGGCCAUCGGCUUCUGCAUGUUCCUUUGAAGAUUGCUGGUGAGGGGUGGUAG